GGGGCGGGGCUUGCGCACAGCCCGGAGCAGGCGAACCCAGGUCCAAACAGGCAGGCAUCUGGGGCCGGCUCUCUCUGCUGCGUGUGCAAGCCGGGCGCUAUUGGCAAAGUGGGGAGCGGGGCAAGCGCCGCCUGCCCAGGGCCUUUGUUCCACUGCAGGAGCCGGACAAAAAUAGAAAUGACAUGCUUGAAAUGCCACCGGAAUCUCAGAAAGUGUGAGUGCUGUGACAAAGUCACCCCGGGCGAUGUCCCGGGAGCCGAGGUGGGCGGUGGGCUCAGGAAGGGCCCUCAGAGGGGCCGCUGGCCUGCCUGGAGGCACCCAGUGAAUGUGCCGAGCCUGGCAACGGCUCGUGCAAAGGCCCUGAGGCAGGCGUGCGCCAGGCAGGCUCAAGCAGCCAAAAGAGGGCCAGCGCCGCUGGGGUCCUCCAGGGCCUGGCGACCUGGCGGGCUGGGCGGGAGGGCGGACAUGUGGCCAGCAGCGUGAGUGGCGUGAGGACCUAGACGUGCAGGGUGUGCGCAGGCCAGGGAGGAACCAGGGAGGAACUCUGGUGAACAGUGACUGUCAACACAAAGGACUCGCUGCAGGAGGCUGUGAAACCUGUCAUCCCAGUGGCCCCUCUGCAGACGCCGCCCUCCGCCGCAGCUCCCUAGAGACCCUUCUCGCGAAGACAGCGUCAAGACAGCGUUGGGGAGCCCGGCCCAGCGUCCCGCGCCGCGGUCAGGGGCUCUGCAGAGGCGGGAGGGUACAAGCCGUUGUGUGAGCCGGGGCUGGGCGGAGCCGUCGGGCAGCCCCACGGCCUAAUCUCGGUGGCUCCGCAAUGUCUUGGUGACACCCCAGACUUGUCACCAGUUAACAGAGCUGAAGGUGACUCAGACGGGCCGCUCAGCCCGGGCAGCAGAGCUAGGUUUGGAUCCGCCACCACUUGGCAAGGUGAGGAGGACGCAGGCAAGGCCAGCCCGGCGUGGCCGCUGGGGGCGGGGCCAAGGCCGGGGCUUGGAGAGGGGUAGGAGGGGGGUCUUGCCGCGGCCGGGACGCCCCCAACCUGAGGCUGCAGGCGUGGGGCCUUUCAAAGUCGGGGCAGAGCUGCAUUUAAUCUCCUUCCCCUCCUGACACCCCUGCUGGGGUGUGGGGACUGAACCCCAGCUCAGUUUCCAUCUUCCUGUCCCGACCGUGGGGCCCACAGGCCACCAGCAGGAAGGUGGAGAGUGGCAGGUCCCCCGUCACAUGUGACUGAGCCUGGACACCUUUAUUCAGGAGAUCAGAAUGUCCCCAAAGCAGUGCAGUCAGCCAAGUGACUCACCUGCAAAGGCAUUAGGAUGAUUGAAAUAGCCCAGCCGGCAGGGACAGGCAGUGACCACAGUCAGGGGACAGGCAGUGACCAGGGCCUGGGGACAGGCAGUGGCCACAGUCAGGGGACAGGCAGUGACCAGGGCCUGGGGGACAGGCAGUGACCAAGGCCUAGGGGAUAGGCAGUGACCAGGAGCAGGGACAGGCAGUGACCAAGGCCUAGGGGAUAGGCAGUGACCAGGAGCAGGGACAGGCAGUGACCAAGGCCCAGGGAACAGGCAAGUGACCAGGAGCAGGGGACAGGCAGUGACCAAGGCCUAGGGGACAGGCAGUGACAAUGAACAGGGGACAGACAGUGACAAUGAGCAGGGGACAGGCAGUGACAAUGAGCAGGGGACAAGCAGUGACCAAUGGGGCAGGUUUGGAAGCUCCGAGGGACUGUGGGGCUUGGGGCCUCGCUGCCACCUGGACCAGCGCGGCCGGCGGCGGGAUGAGCAGCGGGAGGACGGCGGUGGACGCCAUCGACGCGCGCGCCCUGGCGAGGAAGCUCGACCGCACGGCCUGCGACCCCGCCGCGCGCGCCAUCCUGGGCAGCCUGCUGCUCUACGUCUCCGCCCGCGAGCAGGGGCCCCCCUCGGCCGCCGGGGACCCCAGGCCCUGCCGCCGCCGGCCGGAGUCCCAGGAGGCCGCCCGGAGGCCCACGCGCUUCCAGCUCCUGCAGGCCAAGUUCCUGGGCGCGGGCCGCGAGCCCCACCUCAAGCGCACGCGGGAGGUGGGCAGGCUGAUCCCCAGGGACGGGCUCCGGCCCGGCGGCGGCCUGGUGAGCGCCACCAUCGACAAGCUCCUCGACAGGACCAAGGAGAGGGCGGGCGGCCUCCCCGGCGGCGAGAAGCCCCGCUGGAGCGCACCCGCCGGCAAGAGCACCGUGAAAAACAUCCUGAAGAAGUUCUUGGCCGCGGAGCAGAAGGAAGCCCAGGAGAAGGCGGCCCGCGAGAGGCCCCCGGCCGAGCGGCCCAGAGCCCCCAGGGGCCUCCUGCCCAAGGUCACGGGCAAGAGCGCGGUGCUGUCCAAGCUGCGCGAGAAGUUCGAGCAGAGCGCCUGCCUCUGCUCCGAGGCCGGCCUGCUGCCGCUGCGCAGGGAGGAGGCGAAGAAGAGGAACCUGCAGAGGAAGAAGAUGCACCGGCCCGAGGUGCGGGUGCUGCACACGGCCACCAUGGCCAGCUCCUGCGUCAGGACGCCCCCCGCGCGCUUCCUGGCCUGCACGGCCGAGCCGCUGCCGGCGCUCAGCCUGGCCACCGUGGUGUGCGGCCCCAGGAGCUGGCUGUCCCGCUGCUCCAAGAUCAGCCACGCGGGCGCGAGGCGCCAGCCCGGAGGACAAGCCGGCCUGCGCCCCAGCGGCUCCCAGGGAGCGGAGCCCAGCGGGGACGGGGCGCACGGGGAGGGGCCCCUCCAGGGGGAGCCCAGAGAACUGCCCCAGGACACGGCUGGGAGGGGCGGCCCCGCUGCUGCGGACGCGGCACCGCCGGACUCCCGCGCGCUCUCUGGCCACGUGUGCGAGCCGUCCCCGCUGUCCCCACUGGGGUCGGCCAGCCCAAGGGGCGCCAGGACGGUGGGCGCCACAGCGGGAAGCGCCGCGGACGGAUCCGGGGCGGGGAGGGACGCAAGAGCUGCUGGGCCUGCAGGGCUGCCGGGCGCGGGCGCCGGGGAGGUCCCCGAAAUCGCCAUGGCGGUUUGCAGCUCGGAGGACGAGAUGCCCGACGCGGACAGAGACCCCUUCUUCGCCACCCAGAAUCUUUUCCCGGAACAGAACGGGCUGGGACACAUCCCGCCACUCCACACGCCCGCGGUCCGGGCCGCCCGGCGAGCGCAGCCCGCGGCGGAGUCCCCGCGGGUCUCGGUGCAGCGGCCGCUCGUGCACCAGAUGCCGCCGGCUCCCGCCGCCCUGCAAAGCGCCCCGCCCGGCGGAGACGCGCGCUCCCGCGUCCGGGGAGGGGAGACCCAAGUCGGACACGCGCACGCGGCGCCUCCCCCUGCAGCUGGGAAUGGAGCCCCCGCGGAGCUGGGCGAGCCUUGCGGGACCCCGGUGGGACCCCAGACCCCUUCCGCGCAGGGGGCGCAGGCGGAGCCGAGCCCCGCACCCGCUCCAGGCGCCCAGGGCAGCAUCCCGGACGCGGCUGGGAGGACGCAGGGACCCCCCAGACACCCUGCCGGCGGGCAGGAAAGCGGACGCAGCUUCGAGAGUCCAAAUAGUCCCGAAAAUCCCAAGGACGUUUCGGCAGAGAGCGCGUCUGGGCUCCGUGAUGCGGUGCGCCUCUCGCCAGAGCCGCGCGGAACCCCAAAACCCAGCGAGGGCCCCUCGUCACAGGACCCCACAGCACGGAGAGGUCACCCGCACGCGCCGUCUCCCGGCGGGAGCAGUUUGACCGGCGCCCCCACGUCGCGGGCGGCUCCACCCGGGGGGCGCGCGGGGCCCGAGGACUCUGCCGCGAGCUCCAGCUCGGACGCCGCGCGCGGGCAAGAGCAGCGCCCGCCCCAGUCGGCUCAGCCCCUGCAGGUUGCCCAGGGAAACGCCAGCCUUGACUUUGGCCAGAGCAGACUGUCAUCGUCAUUGUCAUCCUUGGAUGAACAACCCAGACCAAGCAUCGAAGCCCCCAGGGAGAUGGCAGGUGCAGCCGGCGUGGCGGGGCGCGCCCCACUGUUGCCAGGGGGUGGCUGGCACCCCGAGCACCCCGUGGACGAGGCCGGGUUCGGAACCCCAGCAACAGGUCUUGGUGCCGCUGAGGGGGGUGGCCUCGUGGGACAGUGGCUCCCUCAGGAGCCCAACGACCCCCACGUGUGGGCCCCAGGGGCAGCUGCAGAAAGGGGCAUCUUCCAUGGCCAGGCGGGGGUCGCGGCCCCCCACCAGGAAGGAGCCGCCCACCCCGCCCCUGCGUGGGCAGCACGCAAAAGCAGCCCGGCACAAGUGGGAGCCACACGUCAGGGAGCUGUGUCAGGAAGUGCUCCAGGUCACGGCGCCCAGCCUCCAGUUCCAGCCUCCACUUGUCCCAGGCCAUGGGGAGCCAGCCCAGCGGGGCCCAGCCUCAGCCAGGGCGAGCUGCCAUCGCCUUCUGAGAACCAGCCGGCCGCACGCAGAAAGGGCAUUGAGUGGGAAAAGCCGCUUCCUUCAGGGGCAGAGGUCACCCACCCACCUCCUACAGCUCCGUCCAUGGAGGCAGAGGCUGGACGGGCGGGGAGGGCCCAGGAGCGCAGCCCUCUUGACCCCCGGGCUCACCAGCACCCCGCCCCUAGCACCCCAGCGGCCCAGAGCCCCUGGAGUGAAGCCCAGGAGGAUGGGCCGGCACAGGCAGGCUCCACGGUCCUCUCCCAACAGGGGCAAGAAAGUCACCCCAGGCUGGGGAAAACUGCCUCAGGGUGUGCGAGGUUACAGCCAGGUGUCUCUGGAAGGAGCACGGUGCUCCUGGGCCCGGAGGUUCUGCAGAACGCGGCAGGACAGCCUCAGGAACAGCUACGGCCAGCCCAGGACCUGGCCACAGAGGGGGAGAGCCCCCACCCCCCCAGCCACAACCAUCAGGCAGGUGCUCUGGGGCCGUGGGCAGAGCAGGUGAGGAGCCCAGGUCAGGGACAGGGCACCUGGGCUGCCAAGAACCCAGCCUCACCUGCAGGGAGCCCUGAGGGGCUGGGAAACCUGGCUGCCCCGGUCCAGGGAGGGGUCCAGGGACAGGUCAAGGGACAGGUCCAGGGACAAGUCAAAGGAACAGGUCCAGGGGGAACAAGUCAGGGACAGGUACAAGGUACAGGUCAAGCGGACUGUCCAGUGCGAACACCGCCCAAGUACAGGUCAGGGACAGCCCAGGAGCAGCCCGCAGGCGAUUGGGUCAAGGAGCAGUCCAGGACAGCCCAGGAAACAGCUCAAGGGACCAGCCCCAGGGAUGGGUCAAGGGACACGUCCAGGGUACAGGUCAAGGACAGCAAGGAGGACAGGUCAAGGGAAUGUCGCAGGAACAGCCGCCCAGAAACACAUCCAGGACAGGUUCGCAAAAAGGACAGCCCCAGGUAA